AUGGAAGGUGUGUUGGACUUUGACACGAUCGACGUGGAACUAAAUGAAGACCUUCUAAAGAAACAGAGUAGGAUAUGUAGAGAUGAGUUCUUGAACUCACUGUCUCUUGACGAUGAAGAUGAAGACUUCAUUAUCCCAUUAUUCGAGAAUGUUGAAGAUGAUGAAGCACCCGUGGAAGAAGAACCUUUGGAUGACGAACAGGAGGAGGAAGAAAAUGUAGAUGAAGUUGUGGAUGAAGAGGAAAAUGACAGUGAAGCUCAGUUUAAAUAUUCCACACAUGAUCCAAAUGUGACAUGGAAUAGAAUGAAACCUCAAGAGGGAGAAAGGUAUGAAUCUCCACAGCAACUUAAACUCUGUUUAACAAAUCAUGCCAUAUCUAAAGGUUAUCAGAUUAGGUUUAAUAAAUGUGAUAGUGUUAGACUACACUGUGUGUGUGCUAGUGAUCAUGAGAAAUUCGGUUGCCCUUAUUAUGUUAAAGCCUCUUGGAUGAGCACUGAAAAGUCAUUCCAAAUAAAGAAAAUGUAUCCACAUCAUACAUGUGUCAAGAAUUUUAACAAUGGAAAACUUAUGGGACCAACAUGGUUAGCUAGAAAAUUCCUUAAAGAACUUAUUAGGACACCUAAUUUGAAAGCUAAGGAAAUCCAAGAAAAAGUUCAACACAAAUUUCACACUAAGAUUUCAUGGGUAAGGAGUUAUACGGCUAGAUGUAGGGCAAUGUCCAUGAUUGAGGGAAAAUUAGGUGAUCACUAUGCAAGGGUGUGGGAUUAUGGUGGUGAAUUGCUAAGAUCCAAUCCAGACAGCACCAUUAAAAUUUGUGUCGAAGACAACAAUGAUGGUACAACUAUUUUCAAAAGGAUGUACAUAUGUUUCAAAUCAAUCAAAGAAGGGUGGAAGAUGGGUUGUAGAAGGGUAGUAGGGAUCGAUGGAUCUUUUCUGAAAGGGCAGUGUAAGGGACAAUUAUUAACAGCCAUAGGUAGGGACCCAAACAAUCACGUUUUUCCCAUAGCUUGGGCUGUAGUUGAAAUUGAGAAUAAGUUUAACUGGAAGUGGUUCCUUCAGUUGUUAGAGGUUGACCUUGGAAUGGAUGCAGGAAGGGGCAUGUGUGUAAUUUCAGACCAACAUAAGGGUCUUCUUGAGGCAACAAAGGAGGUGUUACCAUAUGUUGAGCAUAGACAGUGUGCACGACAUAUCUAUGCCAACUUCAGAAAAGUAUAUAGUGGAAUUCAGUUAAGGAACCUAUUCUGGAAGGCUGCCAAAUCAACUGUAGAGGGUGAAUUCAAGAAUCACAUGGAUGAGAUAAGACAGAUUAGCCCAGAAAAUGGUAUGGCAGAAUGCUUCAAUGCAGUUAUACUUGAUGCUAGGAAGAAGCCACUACUGACCAUGCUUGAAGAGAUAAGGCUAUAUAUGAUGGAUAGGUUUUACAACCUCAGGGAGUUAGCUGAAAAAUGGGAAGGAGAUGUGUGUCCAUCUGCAAUUAAGAAAAUGGAAGAAUUUGGUGAGGACUUGAAGUUUUGGAGGGUACACCCUAGUGGACAAAAUGAAUUUGAAGUUAGAAAUGGUCUUGAAUCAUAUGGAGUCAACAUAGAGAAAAUGAGUUGUGCAUGUAGACUUUGGGAUGUAUCAGGGAUACCAUGUGUCCAUGCCCAAGCAUCUAUCAUGUUAACUCAUCAGGAUCCAAAGACAUUUAUCAGCAAGUGGUUUGGUAAGGCGAUGUACAUUUCAAGUUAUAGUUAUAACAUUCUACCUGUUAAUGGCAACAAUUUAUGGACAGAAGCUCCUUAUAUUAAGCCCUUACCCCCCUUAGAGAGGAGGAUGUCAGGCAGGCCUACUGUGAAAAGGAAAAGGCAUGUAUCAGAGAGGGAUGACAAGUUCUCUCAAGUGUCCUCAAAGGGCAGAACUGUCCAAUGUCAAAACUGUCAACAAAACGGGCACAACAAGAAAACCUGUAAAAAUCCACAUGUUGAACCAAAUCCUAAACCCAAUAAGAAAAUAGGCAGGCCAAGAUUGGACCCUAGUCUAACCCAAUGGACAAGACGUGGUAGAGGGGGGACAAGGGGAAAUAGAGGAGGUGGUAGGGUACCUAGAGGUGGGGGUGGCUUUCAUAGCUGGUUUGAAAGAGGUGAAACCUCAAAUACAGUACCACCCCAAAAAAAGGUCAAUGAAGAAUAUAAUUCUGAAGAGAUGGUGGAUGUAGAUGUGAUGAGUGAUGGAGAUGGGCUGGAUAUGGUAGAUAUGGACUACAUUACACAAAAAAUUACAGAGUUGAGGAAAUCAGGUUACACUGAUGUAGACAUUAUGAGAUGCCUUGGAAUUACAAAAGCUCAUUUAGAAGAGUUUGGAUAUGUGGCUGCCAAUGUUGAAGGUGGACUAGAAGGAGAUGGACAGGGUAAUGAAGAAGAAGGAGGACAUGGACAAGGAGAUGGAGUGGAAGGAGGUGGAGAUGGACAAGAAGGAGAAGGGGAUGGAGAAAAAGAAUAUGGAGAAGGAGAUGAAGGAGAUGGACAAGAAGAAGAUGAAGAAGGUGUUCCAGUGAAUGAUCCAGUACAACAAGGGCAUUCUGGGAAUAAUAUGAAACAAAGAACAAGGAGACCCUCAGAGAGGAUCAUUCUUCAGAAGUUGAAAAAGAAGGUGGUUGACCCUCUUGGUAUAGGAAUGUGUGAAGAUAGGGCAUUAGUUAUAGAUUAG